UGUGCCCUGCAAUGGAUUGGCACCCUGUCCAGGGUGUACCCCGCCUUGUACCCCAUGCUCCCUGGGAUGUUCCCCGUGACACUGUAGGAUAAGUGGUACAGAAAAUGGAUGGAUGGAUGGUUUUCCUUAAUUCUUUCUUGUAAUUUUAAGUCGAUUUCAGGUUGAGCGAAUAACUAGGGUGGUAUCGGAGGUAUUGCAACUAUCGGAGUAACGGACUUUGAAUCUAGACCAGUUUCUUUAACCCAUCUCCAUUUUUUUUUUUUACUUUACUUUUAGCAAGUACUCCCCUUACAGAAUGAUCCUUGCUUUGGUCCUGAAGAUUAAUCCAAUAUAUACAUAGCUACUUUUCCUCUUGUUAAAUACAGUGCUAUUUCUGAUGUUUCCACCUGUAGUGCUGCAAUUGGUGUUGUUUUACCUGCUCCUAAAAUUAGUCUUAAUGCUUUAGUUUGUAUGUUAUCUUAUUUCUUUAGUCUAGAAUACAUCCAUAGUCUCGGAUGUAACGAUUUAAUGAUUGUUUGUUUGCACCCCAGUCUUAUCCUGCAACCCCUCUCAUUAAGUGUAAUACCUCACUACAUUUCUUUAUAAUAUAAUGGUCUAUAUUCUCGUUCCAGUUUAACCACAUUCCUAGAUAUUUCAAUUGAGAUUUUUACAUUGAACUUUUUCUAAUGAGGACCCAGGUUCUUCAAUUUUCUUCUAUGCAAAUAUCUGAUAGCAUGUUUAGAUGUUGAACAUUUGAAUCCCCAUUCAUUUACGAACAUGUUGUUGUUGUUAUUAUUAUUAUUAUUAUUAUUAUUAUUAUUAUUUUAGUUCCGGUUAGCUGAUUGACUUCCGUAACGCUUAGUUGGCGUAAUGACGUCACGCAGGAACCCUGCGUGCUGCGUCAUGCGCGGUUAAAAAGCGUCUAGUUCACUUCCGCGUUCUUUGCAUAGCAACAGGAGGGAAAAGGAAGAUGGCGGACAGCGGAGACCCCCGUGUUUAGGUAAACAGCAACAGCAACAGUAACAGUGUGCGCAGAGUCAGGAACUAAGGAGACCCGGAGGAGCCUAAGGGGUUCAUUGAGACACCUGCAGGAGCGGUGAAGUCCUCCUGCGGCGCCAUGGCCUCCAACACCGGCCGGCUGAGCCAGCAGGCCCUGGCGGUGCUGGACGUGGCGUUGCGGGUCCCCUGCAUUUUCAUCAUCGACGCCAUUUGUAACUUCCACUCUGAUCCGGCGGAAGGCUGGACCGGGACAGCUGGACAGGUUUUACUGCGGGUGUUGGGUAUCGCGAUGUGCAGUAUAGUGCUGGUGUUGUCCCAGAAGUCCCUGUUUAAGUUCUACAGCCUGCUGGUGGGCAUGCUGCUCGGAUCCACCGCCGUGCUGCUAAACUUCUACGUGACGUCGCAUGCGGACUCGUACAGAGCGACGCCGAGCUUCGGGCUGCUCCCCCGUGCCAGACCCGUGCUGUGGCUGGCCAUGGCUGCUGUCCAGCUGUUGUUAGCCUCGGGCUACGUGCUGCUGCUCGGCGUGAAGUCGCCGUACUCCACCUUGAUGAUGCUGGACGUCCUGGUUCCCGUGUCCGGGCUUUUCAUGGAGCUUCCCGUGGACGUGAGGCGGACGUUGGCGGUGGUCUCGGGAUCGGUGCUGGGUCUGAACACCGCCGUGUGCCUGCUCGUCCGCUCUAGGAGACUCUACUUCUCGUGCCGUUACGUGUACUUACUGGUGCGGCACAUGUACCGCAUCUACGGCUUACAGCUGCUUCUGGAGGACACGUGGAAGAGGAUCCGAGUGCCGGACGUGCUGCGGGUUUUCUGGCUCACCCGUGUCGCGGCGCAGGCCGUGGUGCUGAUCUACGCGGUGAGGAUGGCUAAGGUGGAGGAGAGCGGACAGGCCGUGUCCUACAUGACGUGGGACGUGUUCUGGGAGCUCUGCAGCAGUCUGAUCAUCGGCGGCUGCGAUUCGACGCUCACCGUGCUGGGCAUGAGCGCCGUGAUCUCGUCUGCGGCGCACUACCUGGGCCUGGGCGUCCUGACGUUCAUCGGCUCGGCCGAAGACGAGGAGGACCGGCGGCUGGGCUUCGUGGCGCCGGUGCUCUUCUUCAUCCUAGCUCUGCAGACGGGGUUAAGCGGCCUGCAGCCGAGCGAGCGUCUGGUGCGCCUGAGCAGGAACCUGUGCUUGCUGCUGACCGCCGUGCUGCACUUCGUCCACGGCAUGACCGAGCCGGUGCUGAUGGCGCUGAGCGCCUCGCACGUGCAGUCUGUGCGCCGUCACGCUCCCGCUCUUCUCGUGUCUCUGGUGCUGUUGACGCUGCCGGUGGUGUUGAGCGGCAUGCUGUGGCGGCGCUACGUGCUCAACACGUGGCUUUUCGCCGUCACCGCGUUCUGCGUGGAGUUGUGCCUGAAGGUUCUGGUGUCGCUCACGGUCUACGCGCUCUUCAUGAUGGACGGCUAUUACGGCACGCUCUGGGAGAAGCUCGACGAUUACGUGUACUACGUGCGCUCGGCCGGAAACGUGGUCGAGUUCGUCUUCGGGAUCGUCAUGUUCGGGAACGGCGCCUACACCAUGGCGUUUGAGUCGGGCAGCAAGAUCCGCGCGUGCAUGAUGUGCCUGCACGCCUACUUCAACAUCUACCUGCAGGCUAAGAGCGGCUGGAGGACGUUUGUCAAGCGGCGUGCCGCCGUACGCCGGAUCCACUCUCUGCCCGAGGUCACGGGCACCGAGCUGCGCGGCGUCGAGGACGUCUGCGCCAUCUGCUACCAGGAGUUUGCGACGGCUGCCCGCGUCACGCCGUGCCACCAUUACUUCCACGCGCUCUGCUUGCGCAAAUGGCUGUACAUCCAGGACACAUGCCCUAUGUGCCAUCAGAGAGUGUACGUCGAGGACGACGCGCACCAGCGCGCGCCGUUCUCCAACAACAACGGCCAGGCGCCGGCUGGAGACGAGCAGGCGGGGUUUGAAGCGGCGGGAGGAGGCGGGGCCGAAGUGGGACAGGCAGCAGGUGCCGGGGCGGAGCCAGAAGAUGAGCUGCUGGAGGAUAAUGACAGUAUAGAGUAUGAUGAAGACGAGUGGGGGGCGCAGAGCGCAGCGAGCCCUGUGGAGGAGGACUACAUUAACGACGACACGGACUCCAAUACCGACUGAAAUGAAUUUUAAAUGUAAAAAUAAUGUAUGUAGGAAAUUGUUUCAGAUCAGGGAUUUGCUCUUUUAUGAUUUGUGAGUGUGGUGGUGCGUGAAUGUGUGUGUUUGGGGGAUGGGGGGGGGGGGGUUUGGAGUGUGUGUGCUUGUUUUGUCUUUGUAUGUCUGCGUCACUCAAAAGGGCUGAUUGUUUGGAGUUAAAGCGAACUGAAAGGUGAGUGCAUUCCAAAGCCAGUGGUGAAAAGUCAGACAUUUUUUCUUUUUUUUUUUUUCUUUUUUUUCUUUUCUUUUUUGUGCGCUGAUGGAAGGCAUGGACGGAGUGUUUGCUGCUCGACUGAGAGAAUUCCUCUCGUCUCCUCUCUGGCUGCCCUGCUUACGCGAUGAGAGGUCAAAGGUGACAUACUACUUACUGUAAUCACACAGAUUUACCUCUUAAUGGCUACUACUGGUCUCUUGUGUGACCUUGCUUUAAUUUUAUGUACGUUGUUGUACAUGGCGUUAAAAAGAAAAGGCAAAAAAAAAAAAAAACCCAGACGGCGCGCUUUCCCGUGUUCUCCGAGGAGCGUCUCACUUCACCACCAUAUCUGUGUUAAACUGCACGUUUCAGUUCGGUCGCAGGUUUGUUUUUGUUUGUUUGUUUUUGUUUGUUUUCGAUGGUUUUAAAUGUGGCACUUGCUGUCGUUUUUGCACUCUGUUAACCGUUCCACAGUAAAUCUCCUAACGCUUGUGUCUUCAGAUUUACACCGGAGCUACGAGGCUGUCGUAGCUAACGGGGAAUGGAAAUUUCCGGAAAUAGGAUUUGUAUAAUGGUAUAAUUAAGUCCUGGACUUGAUGAUAAAAAAUAAAAAUAAAAGUUGUAGCAGAGUUUUAGUUCAGUUUUGCUUUUGUCUAAAAGAGAAAGUUCUUACUAGAGUGUAGUUGGAGUUCAUAAAGCUCCUCGAUGGAUCUCCAUGGAUACACGUUUUUUAAUUAACCUCUCAUCAUGGGCAUGUGGGAUAUAUCGCCAUCGCCUUCCACAGUGUUAUUUUAGAAGGACAAUUGCACAUAUACACACACACACACACACUAUGGUCAAAAGUAUGUGCACACCCAUAUGUGCUUGAUGAACAUCCUGUUCCAGACUUAUUCCUCAUUUGCUGUUCUAAUGCGCUGCACUCGUCUGUGGAGGCUUUCCACUAGAUUUUGGGGCGUGGCUGUGGGAAUUGGUGAUCGUUCAGCUACAAGAGUAUUAGUGAGGAGGAGCUCAGGCUCUUAUGUUGGAAUGAUGAGAAGGCUCCAGCUCCAGUUCGUCCCAAAAGUGAUCAGUGGGGUCGAGGUCAGGGCUCUGUGCAGGACACUCGAGAUCUUCCACCUCCUUCCAACUUUAACACACCACGUCUUCAUGGAGCUCGCUUUGUGCACAGGGGCACAAAGGAAAUUUUGAAAAAUUGUAAAGCUACAGCGUAUAAAGACGUUCUCUACAACUGUGUGCUUCAGACUUUGUAGAAACGGUUUGGGGAAGAACCACGUACGGGUGUGUAUGAACUUUUGGCCGUAUAGUGUGCAUGUAUACGGUAUAUAUUUAAUAUGGGUCGAUUCAAAAUGAGCUACACCUAGGGUUAAGUAAACUAAAUCCUGCCUAGGUUUUUUUCUUUUUCCAGCAGGAAGUAGUAAUGGUCAAUGGCUCUAAUAAAGUAGUGUGUGGACACAUGAUUGAUUGGUUUAGUAUCCCGUUGCUGCUGCAUGUCUCGUUACACUGAGCCUCGUUUAUCAGACUGGAUACUGGGAAUUCUACAUUGUAAAUCGAUCGGAGGAAAAUUUACGAAAGAAACUUUGGUAUUCGUGAGAAUCAGUUUGUUUGGAAGAACCUUUAUCGUGCGAGAGCUUCGGUCGUGUGAGCGUCGCUGAAUGUAAUCGGCGAGGGCACUCGCUUGUUUUAUGCGUGAUUUGCCGUUUAGCGGCACCUGAUGACGAAAAGGAAAAUUUUCUAAAACCUGGCAGGAAUUUUUAGUUCGAUCUGGUCGACAAGACGAAAGAGUCUGUAAACGACAACGUGCGUCGAAGAAACUGUCCGCCAUACCGUCGUAUCGUUCCUAAACCUGUGAUUGUAGAAUUUCGAACGUACAACGCAACACUGAUCCAUUAGCAAUCUUUCCUCCUUCUAGAUAGGUUUCUUUUGUUAUGGCUAACCAGAGGGGGCGGGGUCAGUUUGUACGAAGAGGAAGUCAAAAAAGCAAACUCUUUAUUUAAAAAAUAAAUAAAUAAAUAGCAAACUUUUGAAGAAGUGGAUAAAGUUUUUAUUUAAAACGGUUACUUCUUGUCUCUAUAAGCCUCAAAGCUCCAGUGCAAAACUAAAGAAACAAACAUCAGACACCGAGUGUCUGGCAAGUUUUUGUUGUUUUGUUUUGUUGUUUUUGUUUUUUUUUGUCGCCGAACUGUUCCUUAAACAUAUGAGCCACUGAAUGUUGAUUACGUUGUUGUUGUCGUCAUGUCGAGGGUUCUCUGACUGCUCUUAUAAAGAUCUGGUGUGAGAGUGCUGA